CGGUGCUCGACGCGUCCCCACGAGAGCCGCCUCAGCUUCCCAUGCGCGCGCACUGUUCCCGCUUCAGCCGCACAAGCUAUGCAGCCGCCUCAACCCACGCUUCUUCCGGCAAGACGGCGCAACGCGCGCUCCACUCGGCGGCGGCCGCUCCCGAUCGCCGCGCGCCGCCCGGGCUCGGUGUGCCCGCCGCGCAACACCUUGGGUGUACGCUCGAGCUCGCCGCGGCGAUCAGGUCGGCCUCUGCGGUCCCCGACGGCGCCCGCGGCGGCGGCAGCGCCCUCGGGAGGUGCCUCCACGGGAUCGCCGUGAAGGCCGGGCGCGUGGCGAGCAGCGCGGCGGUGGCGAAGGCGGUCAUGGACAUGUACGGGCGGUCGGGGGCCCUCGCGGACGCCCGCCUGGUGUUCGACGAAAUUGCGCGCCCCGAUGCGGUGUGCUGGAACAUCCUCAUCACCGCGUCCUCUCGCGGCGGGCACUUCGACGACGCGGUCGGUCUGUUCCGGUCGAUGCUCGCUUGCGGUGCGGUGCAGAGCAUGCCGACCGCGGUGACAGUGGCUGUGGUUGUUCCGGCAUGCGCCAAGUGGAGGCGUUUGCAGACUGGCAGGAGCGUCCAUGGGUACGUGGUCAAAACCGGCUUGGAAUCAGAUACUCUGUGUGGAAAUGCGUUGGUGUCGAUGUAUGCAAAGUGUGGUGGAAGCAGGGCAAUGGAUGAUGCAUGCAGAGCAUUUUCUUCGAUUGGUUGUAAGGAUGUUGUUUCAUGGAAUUCAAUCAUUGCAGGGUACAUAGAGAAUGGGUUAUUUCAGGAGGCACUUGUGCUGUUUGGCCAGAUGAUCUCACAGGGAUUUCUUCCUAAUUAUUCAACAGUGGCUAACAUUCUUCCUGUGUGUGCAUUCACAGAGUUUGGUAGGUAUUAUGGGAAACAAGUUCACGGUUUCUUGGUCCGGCAUGGUUUGGACAUGGAUAUUUCUGUUUGCAAUGCACUGAUGACACAUUAUUCCAGAGUGUUUGAAAUAGAGGCUUUGGAGUCUGUAUUUGCAAGUAUGGAUGUGAGGGAUAUCGUUACUUGGAACACCAUUAUUGCCGGAUAUGUGAUGAAUGGGUAUCACUUUAGGGCGCUAGACCUAUUUCAGGGGCUUCUGUCCACAGGAAUCGCUCCCGAUUCUGUUUCUUUUAUCAGUCUGCUCACUGCUUGUGCUCAAUUACGUGAUGUCAAAGCAGGGAUUGGGGUUCAUGGUUAUAUCUUUCGAAGGCCAGCGCUUCUACAAGAAACAUCCUUAAUGAAUGCUCUCGUCACAUUUUAUAGCCAGUGUGACAGGUUUGAUGAUGCUUUCCGUGCUUUCACGGCUAUUCUGAACAAAGAUUUAAUAUCAUGGAAUGCAAUUCUGUCUGCUUGUGCUAACAGUGAACAGCAUAUUGAGGGGUUCUUUGGACUGUUGGGUGAAAUGUGCCAUCAGUGGGACUCAGUCACAGUCUUGAAUGUUAUACGCAUGAGUGCCUUCUGUGGGAUUAACAUGGUUCGUGAAGCGCAUGGCUGGUCCCUACGAGUCGGUUAUACAGGUGAAACUUCAGUAGGAAACGCUAUUCUGGAUGCAUAUGUGAAGUGUGGAUACUCACAGGAUGCAAAUAUAUUUUUCAGAAACCUUGCUGGGCGGAACAUUGUAACUGACAAUAUAAUGAUUUCUUGCUACAUGAAGAAUAACUGUAUAGAGGAUGCCGAGGUAAUCUUCAACCAUAUGGCUGAGAAAGAUUUGACUUCAUCGAAUCUGAUGAUCCAAUUGUAUGCACAAAAUGACAUGGAUGAUCAAGCUGUCAGUCUGUUUAAUCACUUGCAGUCUGAAGGAUUGAAACCUGAUAUUGUCAGCAUUACAGGGGUUCUUGAGGCUUGCAUCCAUUUGUGUUCUGUACAGCUUGUGAGACAAUGCCAUACCUACAUGCUCAGAGCAUCCCUAGAAGACAUCCAUCUUGAAGGGGCUCUUCUUGAUGCGUACUCGAAGUGCGGCAACAUAACCAAUGCAUACAACAUCUUUCAAGUCAGCCCAAAAAAGGACCUUGUCACAUUCACUGCCAUGAUUGGAUGUUAUGCGAUGCAUGGAAUGGCAGAAGAGGCAGUAGAGCUGUUCUCUAAAAUGCUUAAACUUGGCAUUAGGCCAGAUCAUGUAGUUCUCACCACACUACUGUCAGCAUGCAGUCAUGCUGGGCUGGUUGAUGCAGGAAUAAAGAUUUUCAAGUCCAUCAGAGAUAUUCACAGAAUUGAACCUACAGCUGAACACUAUGCAUGUAUGGUUGAUCUUCUUGCCCGUAGAGGACAUCUCCAAGAUGCAUAUAUGUUUGCCUUGGAUAUGCCCCCUCACGCAGUCAAUGCAAAUGCAUGGGGCUCCCUUCUAGGGGCAUGCAAAGUCCAUGGAGAAAUCGAACUUGGCCAGCUUGCAGCUGAUCACUUGUUCACUAUGGAGGGUGAGAACAUAGGGAACUACGUCAUUAUGUCAAACAUCUAUGCAGCUGAUGAGAAAUGGGAUGGCGUUGAGCAUGUCAGGAAACUUAUGAAGUCCAAGGAUAUGAAGAAACCUGCAGGAUGCAGCUGGAUUGAGGUUGAGAAGACCAGGCAUUUAUUCAUAGCCAGUGAUGUUAAGCACCAAGAUAGGUCUUGUAUUUAUGAUAUGUUAGGAAGUUUGUACCAGCAGAUCAAAGAUACCCAGACACAGAACAUGACGAUGACACAAUCUAUGUGACCGCCAGUUGCAGUCUUGCAGAAACUAGAGGUGCAGUGCUCUUUAUCAAAGAUGUGCUCAUUGACUUGCCUGACUCGGGUUGCAAGACCUCCACUUCCAGUCUGCAAAUUACUGAUGAAACUGCACUUGUCUGACUGAGGUGCAUAUCGUACACACUUCUCCCCUUGUUGAGGACAGGUUUAGUGUAGCAGCUGUUGGUAUUGGCACUUGGCAAUGUGUCAACUGUCAACACGGUCAAUAGCAUUUCUGUAGGCAGACUCUGACCAAAGACCUGAAGUUCCGGUGCUUGAGGCUUCACGUGAAUGAAGUUUCAAUAGGAAACUUUAUCCAAUUGGUCCAGAAAGCCACUUUCAAGAAAUAAGCAUGCAGAAUCCUGCACCUGCUACGGUUCAGAACUUCCUGCAGUUUUGGUUCUAUUGCUGCUGAUCUCAACUAUUGGAUCCAGGGGGCCAAGGUCGAAUUGCUCAAGUUCACCAUCAACUGCUGGAUCCAGUUCAAACAGCAAGCCAAAAGGGCAAGUUUGUUGUGGUCACUUGUCUGCUGCAUCGUGAGAAGGGGCUGGAUGUUUGGGAAGGAAUCUUCAUAGCUCUCGAGACUCGAGAGUCAAAGCAAUUGCGACUGGCAGAAGCCGAAUCCACCACGAACACAAACCUAACCAGGGGGUCCAGGCUUGCAGCCGUGCAGUGCAGGGCGCGCUUUUUUUUUCCGGAAAUACCCCUGGCCGCCGUCCACGAAAUUCCGAGCCCGAACAGGUCACCAACCAAACUCGGCGCGGGGAAGACCGUUCGGCCGUACUGCUAUAAUAGCGUCCUCUGCCUCCACGAAGCCGCUCCCCUUCGCGCCGCGCGGAGAAAAAAAAAAGUCGAUUCCCCUUUGCUCUCUGCUCGCCGGGAAACUCCGUCGCUGUUGAUGGAUCUCGGAAGGACCAAAUCCGCCGCCGCCGCAGCACUGCUCGAAGCGACCUCCCGCCCGUCCGGACUGCCCUUCUCGGCCCCCGCCACGCCGUGGUUCCGGGAGCUGUGGGUCAACGCCUCCAAAUAACGGGUCUCCGAGAGGAGAACAUUGGUGGAUUUCUCAACUGGUGGUGGGAAAUAAACCGAAGGCCCCAGCAUCCUUGUGAUACCAAUCAUAACAUUGGGGCCUUCUUCACUUUACAAAUUAGAUUGUUCAAGAAGGCGUCCAACUGUCAAAAUGCAUAGACAGAAGAUCCCAAACUCUGGGUGGGCUGCGUUUGAUCGCAAGUGGCGCAGCACAGAUGGCAGAGGGGAUGAAGGUGGGGCCGAUUCUUUUCCAGCCCUCUCAGAUUUCGGGGCCCCCAAUCCUGCUAGCAGCUCAAUUACAGGAAAGAAUGGGCCAAAACCAAAGCCUUUUGCUUCAGUGGUUCGCCCUAGUGUUGAUUUCGGUGCUGUUAGCAAUGGGGGCGGAAGUAAGCGUUCAGCAGAUCAUGUGGAUAAUGUGAAUCAUGGUGCAAGCGCUGCAUCUGAUAAUAAAAUUAAGCUGUUGAAAGAUGCUCAUAGUUGGGCUGACAGUAAUUUAAUCGAGGAUGUACUGGCUGCUGUGAAUAAUGAUGUCACCCAAGCAUCUGAUUUGUUGCAAGCUAUAGUAUCUCCUGACUUGCAGACAGGAGAGGGCAGAACAUGUGGCCAACUUGCUGCUGAGAUGAAUAAAACUCAUAGUUUACAAUCAGAAGAUUCUACAGAAGACAAUAGAAAGCCAGAUAGCUCACAUUUGUUGCUGCUGCCAAUGAAUUCGCCCUCCAUACCCUUGGAGCCUGAAUUGGAGGAGCUUGAUGAUGAUUACUUGAACUACCGGAAAGAUGCAUUGAAGAUAAUGAGAGCUGCCACAAGGCAUUCCCAGUCCGCUAGCAAUGCAUUCCUGAGAGGUGAUCACGCUGCUGCCAAGGAACUUUCUCUCAGAGCUCAGGAAGAGCGGGCGGCUGCUGAAAAACUGAAUAAUAAGGCAGCGGAAGAAAUAUUUCGUCUCAGAAAUAGUAAUAAUGACAUCUGGAAGAUAGACAUGCAUGGUCUACAUGCCUCAGAGGCUGUAGAAGUAUUGGAGAGGCAUCUCUACAUGAUAGAGUUCCAGCAAACUGGGAACAAUUCAACUUCAGCUGAGGACUUAGCUAUUUUGGAAGGUGCAUAUUCUAAAUCAACCACUGGUUCAAAUGUUGAGCUUGCUGCUGAGAAGGUGGUGCUACGCAAACCUAAGCAGGCUAUUUUACAUGUGAUCACAGGGAUUGGCAAACAUAGCAAAGGGCAGGCUUCACUGCCUGUUGCAGUUAAGAGCUUCCUUAUUGAGAACGGGUAUCGAUUUGAUGAGCUGAGGCCUGGUGUUUUUGCUGUCCGUCCCAAAUUCCGCCGCCGGUGAACCUGCAGAAUUUUGUACAAUUGUAACAUGAUGCAUAAGUUGUGCUGGCAUAGCUACUGCCUGUGAAACUAGAAUGGCAGGAGGGAAUAGCAGAAAUUCCAGCAAUAGUCUAUUUAUCUUGAAUAUAGCAAAUGUAUACAUGUAUUGAUGUUAUUUAGUCUCAUUGAACUGCAGUUCUGUAGUCACUUGAGAAAAGACACAUUAAAUUCAUUUGUAAUGUUCUGUAACUGUACUAGUUUACAGCUUGACAUGCAACAUUGUACCACAGAAUUCGGUUGUAAUUCUCUCUAACCAGUAUUUGGUUACUAGUAUUUCCAGAUCACCU